UGUUUGACCAGUUAAGCAUAAUUUAUCACUAAAUUAGUGUUUCACCCUUCAUAUUUUCUCACCUCUCUUUUCUAUAAUUUGAAUUCGUUUCUUCUUUGAUUUUCAAAUUUGCAUGCAUCACACAACGCCCUUUACUUUUUCUCAAUCAACAAUUUUCAUGCAAUUGCGCCCACAGCCACAAGAUUUUAUAUUUUUUGACAAAAAGAUAUGAUACACUUUGAAGAUUUUUUGAGGAGAUUUUCUGUUAUUUCUCUUCAAACCCUUACAAACCUAAUAAUUUCCAUGGCUUCUUUAUGCCUUACUUCUCCUACUACUUCUUCGUCGUCGUCGUCGUCUUCUUUGCCUUCUCCUCUUUCAUGGGUUAGCCACUUAUUUCUUGAACCGCCACAGCCUCAGCAACAGCAAGCUGAGGAUAUUUACAGCAGUAAAAAUAAUAUUAUUUUCAAAGAUGUUAUUAGUGAAAAGAAAAGGAAGGGUAAUUUGCAUGAUGAUGAGCAUUUUGAAGCUUAUCAGAAGAGUUUGCAUGAUAAGUGUGGCUCAAGUGUGGGAGAGAAUAAUAUUAAGGGUAUGAAAUUGAAAAGGAGGCCUGCAAAAUUGGUUGUGCCUGAAUAUUGUCCAAGGCUUGAGUUUGGUGACAAGGAUAAGAAAUUGGAGAAGAAAGAAUUUGAGGUUCAAGGGAAAGAUUUCUGUUUGGCUAGCAAGAAAGGAAGGAGAGAAGUUAUGGAAGAUGGAUAUGGAGUGAUGCUUGAUAUACUAGGAGAUCCUAAGCAAGCAUUUUUUGCUGUGAUUGACGGACAUGGAGGCCGGGCAGCGGCGGAUUUUGUAGCUGAAAAUUUAGGAAAGAACAUUGUAAAAGGUCUUGAAACUGCCGGAGAACAACCGGAAAAAGCUAUUCGCAGCGGUUACAUGGUUACUGAUAAAGAGUUUCUUAGCCAGGAAGUAAGUAGUGGAGCAUGUGCAGCUAGUGUAGUGCUGAGAAAUGGAGAAUUACAUGUAGCAAAUGUGGGUGAUUGUAGAGUAGUUAUGAGUAGGAAAGGAGUAGCCGAUACAUUAACAAUCGAUCAUCGAGUUAGCCGGGAAGAUGAGCGUAUUCGCAUCGAGAAUUCCGGUGGUUUUGUGCAAUGCCGGAAUGGAAUGUGGCGAGUUCAAGGAUCGCUUGCGAUUUCUAGAGCUAUCGGAGACUUACAUUUGAAAGAAUGGAUAAUUUCUGAACCUGAAAUUAAAACCAUUCCACUAACUUCUGAUUCCCAGUUUCUCAUAAUGGCUUCUGAUGGACUUUGGGAUAAGGUGAAUGAGCAAGAAGCAGUUGAUAUAGUUUUAAGAGGCAAGAAUUCAGUCGAGGCUUGCAAAAAGCUUAUAGAAAUAUCAUUUAAUAGAGGCAAUUUAGAUGAUAUAACUGUAAUGCUCAUAAACCUUCAAAACUUCAUCGUAAAUUAAAACUAUAUAUUAUACAUGCAUAAUUAAACCUAUUGUACAUAUAUAUUCUGGAAGAGUUUUUGUAAGAAUGCGGCAACAAUAUUUUGGACCAGAUUUCGUCGUUUCAGCUCCUCUUUUUCAAAGAAAAAAAUAGAUACAUUUUUGUAAAUUUCAUGUCUUCCUAAUUUAGUUUAUUUAAA